AUGCUAUACUCCGGAUUUGUGGAUGAAGUCGUUGCUUUACUAGCUUGUCCCGCGUGGGGAAUCCUCAGCGAUAGACUCGGUGUUCGGGUGGUUUGCGUCCUAGGGUAUCUUAUUGUUGGCCUUGCAUUGAUCUUAUUCGUGCAAGCAAAGAAUGUAUUCCCACAGCUCUUGCUUGCGAGAUUGUUCUUCUCUGUGGGGGGAGCUGCUACUGCGACCAUGGUGACCGCAAUCCUACCUUCGAUGACAGCCCGAGAGGCCGAUGAUUCGGACAGUGCCCCUAUUUCGAGAUCAACAUUGCCGGAGAACGUCCGCCAUAGUAUUGCGACUGAUUCUAUAGAUUCCGAAGUCACCAUAACACCUACCAAUUAUAAUGAUAGACGUGGGAAUCCCCCUGGCGACUAUUCAAAAGCCACGAAGCAAAAUGGAUCGAGCCCCCCGCGGUUAGCCGGCUUGGUCGGUUUUUCACGAAUGGAGGGGGUUUCUCAAGGCCAGGCGGUGGCCGAUAGUUUCUACGUGGUUGGAUUUGUAUCACUUAUGGUGUCUUGCUUCUGCUUUUUUGGUCUUCGAGGCUUGGCAGGCGAGGAAGGUAAAGGGUGGCGCCUACUUCUCGGUAGACCAAUGGUUAGAGACACUGCGGAUGGGGAUCACUCUCAUGGAGGACGUGAAGACACGGAGAAGUUUCAGCCGUACUGGAGACUAAUCUCAGACUCAACAAUCCUAGGAUUUCAAGAUGCACAAAUUGGUCUUGGAUAUCUGGGAGGAUUUGUCGCACGUGCAUCAUCUGUUGGGAUAUCGCUUUUUAUUCCACUUUAUAUUAACUCAUAUUUCAUUGGCCGUGGAUUCUGCCAAGGAUCUCCCAACGAUCCAUCACCUGAACUCAAGAAAGAAUGUCGUAGGGCAUAUGUUCUUGCGGCCGAAUUGACCGGAGCAUCCCAAUUAAUCGCUUUGCUUUGUGCUCCGCUAUUUGGUUAUUUCUCUGAUCGCUACCGUCGUUUCAAUGUACCACUUCUCACAGCGAGCGUUUUUGGUAUAAUUGGAUAUAUAGGCUUUGCCCAGCUUGAUAGCCCUGAACCACAAGAUAUUAAUGGCAGAGGAGGAAGUCCUAUAGUAUUUCUUCUGGUCGCUUUGAUUGGCAUCAGUCAGAUAGGAGCUAUUGUCUGUAGUCUUGGUUUACUAGGAAGAGGUGUCCUUGGUGAUGAAGGUGGUUACAAUUUAUCUUCUCAGCUUCAAGAGACAGCAAGCGAUGCGAAUCCAGACUUGCACGAUACAACAGCUGAAAGAACACCACUCAUUGCAUCUCCAUCAAUACGUGAGACCUCAUCACGAAAUCACCUCAAAGGAUCUAUAGCCGGUGUCUACUCUUUAUCUGGGGGUGCUGCGAUUUUACUACUCACAAAACUUGGCGGUUACCUUUUCGAUAAUCUUUCCACGGGUGCUCCAUUUUACAUGAUGGCAAUAUUUAAUGCGGUACUUCUGGUCAUUGGAGUUGGAACUGGAAUCUACCGUGAAGGCAUAACAGCUCAAAAAUAUCGAUGA